UCGAAGAAGUAAACUUUACAAGGUUCAUGUCAUGGAUCUAUAAUAUUAGGUUCAUGUGCAGGUUCAUUGCCGUCACAUUUCACCACUAAUUCCCCCCGUGCAUGUCUCUGCAUCAUGGAGUUAAAGGAUGUGGAGUUGUGUUGCUGUGCGGUCGAGGUUUCAGAGACUGGUUCCACGACCAGACCCUUGUGCUGCAGCGGAGUUCUGCUCCAUCCACGGACUGGGAUGAUCAUAUGCACCGGGCUCCCGUUUGCACGGUUUUUAACUGAGAAGGAGACUUUCUCCUCCGAACCCGACUUCCUUCUCCCUCGCAGCUUCAGUGACAAACUUCAGAUUCGCGUCAGCCUCUGUUCAUCCUCCUGGCAGCAGCAGCAGGUGUCGGCCGAGCUGCUCAUGCUGGUGAACUGCGUGGAGUUCAAACGAGCUUUCCUGGAAGCCUUUCAGCAGACAGACCGGUGGCGUUUCCAUGGCAACGAGGAGGAGGAUGAUGAUGGGGAGCUGGUCAGAGAUGCCCAGUUCCUCAGCUGGUUUGCUGUGCUCAAAGCAGUUCUGGGCCCCCCCCCUACCCUGGGCCCGGGACAACAGACCCGUUUGUCCCCCACUAUCGGCGGGCGUGGCCAUGACACCAGUGCGGAUCCAGAGAUGAUCCACUGGCAGAGCAGCUCAUCCCUCCAGAAAGGUCGCCCUGUCGUGGCGUGCGGCUCCCCCUUUGGCUCCCUCUGCUUAGAUCUCUUCAUCAGCACCCUCAGCACAGGCAUCAUCAGUAACCUCGCCGGAGACGACAACGCUGUCAUCCUCACAGAUGCCAGGUGCCUACCAGGCACAGAAGGAGGAGGCUUGUUUGUCGUGAACGGCACGGAGGGCGUGCGUCUCGUUGGGCUGAUCGUGUCUCCAUUUGGCUGGAAGGCAAAUGAGUGGAUAGGCCUCAGUCUGGUCUGCUCUUUUCACUUGAUUUUCAGGAAUGUCAAGCGUUGCACAAGUGCUAAAGAUCUUCCCUGUGAUGUUUGGCUCCAGAAUGGAGAGCCAGACCUCCACAUGACCGUCACACAUGAGCCCAAUGCUGCUGAGUACCCCACUGUGUGCCAUGUGAACAGCGGGCAGGUCUGGGGGUCAGGAGUUUUUGUGUCCAGAAAGCUGGUGGUGACUUGCCGGCACGUUGUUAACAGCAAGUCUAAAGUUACCGUGAAGUUCCAUCACAAGGACAGAGUGCAUGAUCUCGAUGGCGAUGUGCUAUUCUCCACUAAAGAGUCUGCACCCUAUGAUCUGGCUUUUGUCCAGCUUCGAGUUCCCGUCCCAGAGGCAGUGCUCCCCCGGAUGGCACAGAGUUUCAAACCAGGUGAAGCUGUGGUUGUCGUGGGAUAUGGUGGGUUGGGGAAGACCUUGGGCCCGUCCCUGACCUGCGGCGUCCUCUCCAAAGCCAUCAGUUUGAAUAACCAGCCGGUCAUGCUCCAGACCUCUUGUGCAGUACAAGCCGGGACCAGCGGGGGCGCUGUGGUUCACAAACAUACGGGAGAGCUACUGGGGAUUGUGUCCAGCAACACAAGGGACUUGGCCGCACGAGUGACCUAUCCACACCUCAACUUUAGCAUCCCAGUGACUGUUUUUCAGAGACUGCUGCGGAAAUUUCACCAGACAAAGGAUGUUAAUGUGUUCAAGGUGCUGAACGCCACAGAAAAGGAAGUCGCACGGGUGUGGAGGCUGCAAGGCACACAAAGCAAAUUAUAACGCAGGAGCGUUGCCCUUUGAGAUACAAUAUAGAUAUAUUUAAAUCGAAAUGUUAAAACUUGUUUUAGAUAAUCAUAUUGAUUAUGUUUCUAUUUUACUUAAACAAAUCUGGUAUUUUCUUGAAUUCAACAAAAGUACAACAUUUCUCACUUUCAAUUGUUGGAGACGAGCACAAAAUCACAGCCGAGGAAUAUAAUCUCAGAAUCAUGUGAUACAUUUUUAAAUAUUAUGGACACUUCAUAUUAACAGAUAUGUAAAGUUUAUAUUAAUACCUCCUUUGAUUACUAUUAUUGCACUUUAUAAUUUCAAAAUAAAUGCAUAUCCUGGUAACAGUCUGUGUGCUGGGUAUGUUUCUGUACAAUUUUUUAAUAAAUAACCCUUCUUACAAACUUAGAGU